AUGAUGUUUAUUCUAUAUGCCACUACACUGAUUAUAGUGAUCGGCGAUAUAACAGCUUAUAAUUUUCCGUUUUCAACUGCGGGUCGUCAUAUUAUUGAUUCAACAGGACAAACAUUGAAGUUUUCGUGUCUGAAUUGGCCCGGUAGUAUGGAAACAUUGAUGCCCGAAGGAUUACAACACAAUAGCGUUAAUAAUAUUGUCCUGUUAAUAAAAGCAAUGGGAUUUAACUGUGUCCGAUUAACAUUUUCAAUCGACAUGACACUAUCGAAAAAUCAAAAUAUAACAGCAUUAGAAUCAUUACAAAUGCAAAGUUUGGGCAGUGCCGUCUCAGGAUUUCAAUUGUAUAAUCCUACAUUAUUGGAUGAAACUGUUCUGUCCGUAUUCAACAUUGUAUUAGACGCAUUAGAACAACAAGACAUCCUUAUCCUGUUAGACAAUCAUGUCCGCAAAGCCAUGUGGUGUUGUAGUGACUCUGACGGCAAUGGCUUUUGGAAUGAUAAAUAUUUUGAUCCGAUCGAGUGGGAAAAUGGACUUCGAUUGAUGUCACUAAUUGCCAGACAGAAACAUCACAUUGUUGCCAUUAGUUUAAGAAAUGAAUUGCGAGGUUCAGGACAAAAUUUACCAGAUUGGUACAAAUACGUACUAAUAGGUGUUAUUGACACAAUUCAUCAGACAAAUCCAGAUAUAUUAAUUGUUAUCUCUGGUUUGAAUUAUGAUUUAGAUCUUUCAUUUAUUCGUUAUACACCUGUACAAGAUUUGUUACCAGAACUGAUAAAAUCGAAAAUUGUUUACGAAGGACAUUGGUAUUCAUGGUCGAAUGUACAAAAAUGCAGAAUGGAGUUGAGGAUGCUUGGGGUUAUAUCACGACAGAAAAUGAAAAAUAUACUGCGCCGAUAUGGCUAA